AUGGCUGUUAUUGGAUCUGGGCCUGCGGGCUUCUAUACAGCUUAUAAGGUCAUGUCAAGUAUAGAGAAUGCUAUCAUCGAUAUGUAUGAGUGUAUGCCCGUACCCUUCGGCCUAGUGAGAUUUGGCGUUGCGCCGGAUCAUCCAGAAGUCAAGAACUGCCAAGAUAAAUUUGAGGAAGUUGCUUCAUCACCGCGCUUCAAUUUUAUAGGCAACGUUGCGGUUGGCAAAGAUCUGCCGUUGGCAAAUCUCAGACCUCACUAUAACGCUAUCGUCUUCGCCUAUGGUGCCACCAAGGACCGGAAACUUGGAAUCUCAGGUGAAGACAACCUGAAAGGAAUCUACUCAGCGCGCGACUUUGUGGGCUGGUACAACGGACUUCCCGAACACGAAGCACUGGCGCCAGACCUGGAAUCGGGUGAAGAAGCAGUGAUCAUUGGGCAAGGAAACGUAGCCCUUGACGUAGCACGUACACUCUUGAGCGACGUCAAUAGUCUACGGAAGACGGACAUGACAGAUUAUGCCCUUGAUUCUUUGUCGAAAAGCAGAGUGAAGAGACUUCGUGUCGUUGGUCGAAGGGGUCCAAUGCAGGCAUCCUUUACUAUCAAAGAAGUCCGGGAGCUAUUGAAUCUGCCUUCUGUCUCUUUCGAGCCUAUUGAUCCUGCUCUAUUUCCGCCAAACGCUGCAAAACUUCCUCGAACGCCCAAACGUCUCACUCAGCUCUUAGCUAAGGGCUCAUCAACUCCAGCUUCGCAAGCGCGAAAGUCCUGGUCUUUGGAUUUUCUCCUGUCGCCUAGAUCUUUCAAUGCGUCCAGUGCAACACCUAGUAAUCUAUCUUCUCUCACAUUCCUCAAGAACAAAGUAAAUGGUCCAGACGUCUUCGACUCGUGGGCUACCGUCUCUCCCACUACAAGUGAGGAAUUAUACCCCACUUCGUUGGCGUUCCGGAGUAUUGGCUAUAAGUCAGAAGCCAUCAAUGGCAUGAAAGAUUUAGGCAUAGACUUCGAUGAGUGUCGAGGCAUCAUUCCCAAUGAUUUACAUGGUCGUAUCACUAGUCUCUCAGAAGACGGGACCGGGAUUCCGGGCCUCUAUUGUUCUGGAUGGGUAAAGCGAGGUCCGGCGGGCGUGAUUGCUAAUACAAUGGAAGACGCCUUCGACACAGCGGAAUCCAUUGCAAAAGACUGGGAAAACAAGGAACCGUUCAUGUCCGGUACAAAUGGAUGGGACGCGCUGCAAGAAGACGCAGCCGCAAGGCAUCUGAAACCUGUCAGUUGGGAAAAUUGGAAGAAGAUCGAUGUAGCGGAAAAGGGAAGGGGGAAAGCAAAGGGUAGGGAGCGGGAAAAAUUCACAAGCAUCCCAGACAUGCUUGAAAUGCUUGACUGA